AUGACAUGUGAACCAAUUUUCCGACUGCUCAAGAAUGAAGUUCCCACGGUAUGGAAUGAACAAUGCCAAGAAGCUUUUGAGAAGAUUAAGAAUUAUCUGAUGAAGCCACCAAUACUGGUUCCACCGGUACCUGAAAAGCCAUUAUUGUUGUAUCUCACAACUACGUAUACAACAAUGGGGGCUUUGCUUGCUCAAUACCUAGAAGAGUCUAGGAAGGAGAAUGGGACAACGAUUGCUAAUCACUUAGCCCACUAUUCACCUAAAGAAGCUGAAGAAAUCCAAGGAGACUUUCCAGAUAAGGAUAUUAUGGAGAUUGAGGUAGAAUCAUGGAAGAUGUAUUUUGACGGAACUAAUCAAAAUGGAAGUGGCAUUGGAGUUCUCCUAAUUUCUCCAAAAGGGACACACAUCCCACUCUUUGGUAGGCUCAACUUCCCUGCCACUAAUAAUGCCAAUGAAUAUAAAGCUUGUAUUAUGGGGUUACGAGUAGCCCUGGGUCUUGGAGUAAAAGAGUUGAAAGUAUAUGGUGAUUUAGCUUUGAUAAUUUCUCAGAUUCAAAAUAGAUGGAAGAUCAAGGAAGAAAGGUUAAUGCCUUAUCAUGAAUGUCUUCAGAAGUGGGCCUUGAAGUUUAGCAAGAUCCAGUACCAAUAUGUGCCAAGGAUGCAAAAUCAGAUUGCAAAUGCUUUAGCAACAAUGGCAUCCAUGAUGGAUGGACCCAAGGAAGAUGAAACAAGACCAAUAGUGGUGGAACAAAAAGAGGAACCAGCUUAUUACAUGACAAUAGAGGAGGAUGAGGAAAAGAAUGGGAAAGGUGAAUGGUAUUCUGACAUCCUACAGUACCUCAAGGAUGGGACAUACCCACCGUCUGAAGAUAAAAAUGACCAAUUGACCAUCAGAAGGCUAUCCACUAAUUAUAUUAUUUGGUGGGUGAGGCUUUACAGAAGAUCAUACGAUGGAAUUCAUCUCCUUUGUGUGACCACGAAGGAAGCACAACAAAUAAUUGUAGAAGUUCAUGAGUCAAGCUACGAGCCACAUAUGAAUGCACACAUGUUGACAUAA